ACAAACUAGCAAUCAGAGAAGAAAGAAUUUCUCGGAUCAUUGCUCACGAUCAAGCUAUCCCUUCGCUUUCUUGUAGACGCUUCUAUACAUUCACAUGCGCACGUGUAUACGUUUUAUAUGUGUAUACUGUCAUUUGAAGUGCUGAACGUAACCUUGAAAAGCCCACCCUCGAAGCACAAGUUCAAUCGCAGCGGGUGAAGUAACGCUUUUUCUGCGUAUACACGGAUCAAAGGAUCGUUUUGUGGCUUCUGAUGAUAGAUCGUAAUCUCUGAUAAAAUGUCAAUGUGAAAGAUUGAGAAAUUAACAAGAAGUGACGUUAGGUUGCUGGUGCCGUGAUAAGGUGCAAGUUAUAGGUUAGGGGAGAGUACGAAAGUUUCGUUGGAAAGCUUCUAAAAUGUCCUGGAGGAAUUAGGCGGUGAAUGCCGCUGUUACAUACAAGAAGUAUUUUAUUAAAGUCAGCAUGGUGCAACAUUCGGUCGCGCCUAGGCGCAACGUUAGAAUUUUGUUGAUCGGUGAUCGCGGAGUCGGUAAGACUUCUUUGAUAUUAUCCUUAGUCAGCGAAGAGUAUGCGGAAGAUGUGCCCUGCAAAGCAGAGGAGAUCACAAUUCCGGCAGAUGUUACGCCGGAACAAGUACCAACGCACAUUGUAGAUUACUCAGCUGCAGAACAAACUGAAGAUCAGUUAACUGAUGAAAUUCAAAAAGCACAUGUAAUUUGUGUUGUAUAUUCUGUGGUUGAUGAGGAUACUUUGGACAGGGCAGCUACUUAUUGGCUGCCAUUAAUCAGACGAUGUUCGUCAAAUAAUCGUUGCCCGAUUGUCCUCGUAGGAAAUAAGAUUGAUCUUGUUGAUUAUUCUACUAUUGAGGCUGUAUAUCCAAUAAUGAAGGAAUUCACUGAAAUUGAGAGUUGUAUUGAGUGCUCUGCCAAAACAUUACAAAACGUUUCAGAAACAUUUUAUUAUGCACAAAAAGCUGUUCUACAUCCAACAACACCGCUCUACAAUUAUGAUAAUCAAGAGCUUACAGAAGAAUGUAAAAUUGCACUACAAAGAAUCUUUAAAAUAUGUGAUUUGGACAAUGAUGGCUUGCUAAAUGACAUGGAACUAAAUGCAUUUCAACAGUGGUGUUUUAACACCCCAUUACAACCACAAGUUUUGGAAGAUGUAAAAGCUGUAUUGUCUAAAAAUAUUCAAGAUGGUGUUUGUAAUGGAUGUGUUACUAUGAAAGGUUUUAUGUAUCUUCAGUGCUUAUUUAUACAACGAGGAAGAAAUGAGACUACUUGGGCUGUGUUAAGAAAAUUUGGUUAUGACAAUGAGCUACAGAUGUCCAAAGAAUACAUAUAUCCACCAUUAAAGGUUCCGAUCGGAUGUACGACGGAAUUAUCACAUAAAGGGCAAGAAUUUUUAACAUUAUUAUUUAUGCAACAUGAUCGAGAUCGAGACGGUGCACUUUCACCGUUAGAAAUGGAAUCGCUAUUCUCACGGUGUCUGAUUCCACCCUGGGGGGAGGAAUACAAAUACACCGUACCAACUAACGAAAAGGGAUGGAUCACAUUUCAAGGAUAUAUGUGUCAAUGGGCGCUAUUAACACUUACCAACGUGCGGAAAACAUUAGAAUACAUGGCAUACCUGGGUUAUAACAUGUAUAAUAACGAAUGUCAGACAAACGCGGUUCUGGUAACUCGUGAGAAAAAGUUAGACUUGGCGAAGAAACAGUCAAGUAGAAAUGUUUAUAGUUGUCACGUAAUUGGUCCGAAAAGUAGUGGCAAAACAACAUUGUGCAGAACGUUUAUUGACCCUAAACUUGAGAAACUGACUGAUGAAGUGGUGCCGUCAAGUUCACAUGUUACUGUAAACACAGUACACGUGUAUGGUCAAGAGAAAACUAUAAUUCUGCGAGACAUAAACAUACUUAAUGUUCAAGAUGCUUUAACUCCAGCAGAAAUUCAGUGUGAUGCGGCAGCUCUCGUUUACGAUGCUAGUAAUCCCAAAUCGUUUGAAUACAUUGCACGAAUUUAUAUCAAAUAUUUUGCAGAUAGUAAAAUUCCAGUUCUCAUAGUAGCAAAUAAGAACGAUCUUUCUGAAGUAAAGCAAGAGUACUUGUUACAACCAAUAAGUUUUUGCAAUAAGUACAAACUGAUGCCACCACAACCUUAUAGCAUCUCUCGUACAGUACGACGUGAAAUCUUCGUUAAACUAGCGACAAUGGCAGCUUUCCCCCGCUUUCAAGGAGCAUGGGUAUUAUUUUACAGAGACAGACACAUAAAUCAAUUUGGACUAAUGCAAGGGGAUUCCGUCGUCUGGUGGAAGGCUGGUCUCGGAAUUGCAGUUGCGACCGUUGCGGGUUUCGUGGUGAUGCGUGUCUUAAAUACAGAAAAAAGAUAGUCUACCAUAUUCCUUUCCUUGCACAUUUAACUGCCUCUUUUGGUCGAGUAUAAAGCCAUCUUUAAGAAACGCGUUAAGUUAAUAAACUAUGUUCUUAAAUCAUUAAUUUUCUUAUAUGUCAUUUGACUACAUAACAAACA